UUUUCAACCUAAGUAUCGAUCAGCUUUGGACCACGAGCUAUUAUUGUUGUUGGAUAUUGUUGUACGUUUGAACCAUUUUAGUUUGAUCCGAUUCUCUUGAUGAAGCCUUCAAUCAUGAAAACGUUGAUAGCCAUGGCGUUUUUGUUCGUUGUAACCGUCGCGACAAAAGAGGAAGAAUAUUUUCAAGAUCCACAAGAAAGUGUUGCAAAACGUGGUUCUUUGAGCAAGGACAUCUUGAGUACCAUCAGUUGUCGAUACUUGAAAACCAAGGGUUUCUUGACCACAAGCACAAAGUUGAGAAAGCUUUGCCUCACGACUUUCCAUUGCAACGACGUCCUUUCAAAGMAAAGCUGCAAAAUCAUCAAAGGAAGAAACGAAUGUAAAAAAGAUCAAAAACUUAGUCUGACGUACUGUCGUUUUACUUGCAACAAAUGUGGAGUCCAGCGAUGCACAAAAAUCCAACCUCUCGGAAUGCAGAGCAAGGUCAUUCCUGACUUCAAGAUUACAGCAUCUUCCUACUAUUCUAGUUAUUACCAUACAUCUCAAGCGAGAUUGAACAUGUACAGUUAUGGCUGGGCUCCUUCUUACCGCCCCAGUUCGUGGUUACAGGUCGACUUGAGCACAGUUCACACUUUAACGGCCAUCGCAACACAGGGUUCAAAGCGCGCAUCCGAGUGGAUGAAAAGCUACAGCCUGCAGUACAGUUUGAACGGCAGCACCUUUAAGAAUUAUCAAGCAGGCAAAGUCUUCAAAGGGAACACUGAUCGAAAUACUGUUGUGAAGCAUGACCUAAACCCUCCAAUCAGAGCGAGGUUCAUCAAAGUCCUCCCAAAGACAUGGAAUAACUGGCCUUCAGUGAGAAUGGAACUCUACGGAUGCAAAUGAGAAAUUAAAAGCACAAAAAGUCUGCCAAAACAAGAGUGAAGAUAUAUCGCCCCAUGUAAGAGAAUCCAGAGAACUAGAGGAUUCCGGAUUCCAAGCGCAAGAUUCCGGAUUCCGAAACAUUGGAUUCCGGAUUCCAAGCCUUGGGAUUCCGGAUUCCAAAGAAUUUUUGUGUUGGAUUCCUGAUAAUAAAUGGCGUGAUAUUCAGUGU